AUGGCAUCUCUUCCACAAAUUGCCAUCCCUGGACAGCGCCUAGGCUCCCUUUCGUCAUAUUCAGCCGGCCCCGGCACUCACGUCCAGGAAUCUUUCAUCUAUGCCUCCAUCGCGGGACCAGUGAUAGCAGACCCAGCUCAGCCAAAGAUCCAACCGAAGCCCACCCUCCGAGUCUCAAGAGUGAUCUCACCCAAAGAUUUGCAACCUCAAAAUGCCAGCACCUCCGAUGCCGCAAAGCCCAAACCCCGCUACAACACCUUACCAGCAAUUGAAUCCAACGUCCUCGCGCGAGUCACGCGAGUGCAGAAACGCCAGGCCAUUGUCUCGAUCCUUGUUGUCUUAGAUGAAUCCGAACACUUGACAUCAUCACAAACAGCCUCGGAUAACGACAACAUCGCUUCCAUCCUCACCUCCGCCGCCAACCCGGAGAACCACUCUGGCACUGACGACCUGCGCUUCCAGGCGCUUAUCCGCAAAGAGGACGUCCGCGCCGUUGAAAAGGAUCGUGUUGUCAUGGAUGAGAUGUUCCGCGUUGGUGAUAUCGUUCGCGGUUCCGUCAUUUCGCUUGGUGAUCAGAGUUCCUACUAUAUCACUACUGCGCGCAAUGAUCUUGGUGUUGUCAUGGCUCGGAGUGAGGCGGGUAACAUGAUGUUCCCAAUCAGUUGGAAAGAAAUGAGAGAUCCCGUCACUGGAACCGGAGAGCCAAGGAAGGUUGCCAGACCUUUCUGA